AUGCAUGCACAAGUCCUUACAUACAUACAUACAUACAUGCACAAGUCCUUACGUACAUACAUACAUACAUACAUGCACAAGUCCUUACAUACGUACAUACAUACAUACAUGCACAAGUCCUUACGUACGUACAUACAUACAUGCACAAGUCCUUACAUACAUACAUACAUGCAUGCAUGCAUGCAUACAUACAUACAUAUACGGUAGCGUUAUUUUACACCCCGCCUGCCCGGCCCACCCACGCCAGCACCAGCCCACCCACCAAGCUUGUCCGCACCAACCAGAGCACGCCACAUGGCCACGCCAACUGCGCCCAUGCUCGCGCCCUGCGCUAGUGCAUGCCAUGUGAUGUGCCAGCCGCGCCAUGUGCCCCCAAGUUGUCAAGUAGUUAUUAGGUAGUGUCCAAUACUUCAAUAGUUGUUUAGUAGUUGUUCAGUAGUUAUUCAGUAGUGUCAGCCGAGGCUACUGAAUAAAACUACUGAUAACUACUGACACUACUGAAUAAAGCUAGUGAACCAAACUAAUGACACAAACUACUGAAUAAUUUUACUAUGACUUGUAACUACUAACGACUACUGACACCCCUGAAUAAUUUUCUAUGACUUGAAAGUAGUGAACCGCUACUGACAAGAUUACUAAAUAAAACUAUUGAGAACUACUGGACUACUAAACCAUUGAACACUACUAGACUACUAAACUACUGAGCACUAUUGGACUACUUAGCACUAUUGAGCAACUACAUGACUGCUAUUGAACUAUUGAUCACUAUUGUACUACUAAACUAAUGGACGCGUGCGCGCACGAGCGAGCUUGCGCGGGACACAUGGCAAGUUGGUACGCGCUACGCGUGCGGGGGGGGCGUGCGCGCCAUGGGCACGUGACACAUGGCGGCGUGGGCUAGGCACACAUGGGCUAGCUAUGUUGGGUCAGGGUAUAGAAUAUAUAUACGCACACAACGAGUCUGUUCUGCGCAUACGCGCGGAACAGGCCUCAACUACGCACUGACUGAUCAACCGAGCCAUGCUUCCUUCCCCACGCACCAGACUGAGUCUACCUUCAAUCCGCCCCGCACACCACAACCUCCGACACAAAUCGGCCGACAGUGCCACCCUACAAAAUCCGACUAGGUGCCUCAAUCUCGAACCCCAAAAUCCAUAAAAAUCGCAGCGGCGGCCAACCACAAGCCCCAAAUCAACACCAUCAGCUUCCCUGUAUCGCAACUAUGGCCUCCCAACCUCAAAUUCGCAGCGGAUUCUCGACCCCAACGCUACCGACCAUGCUAAAUUUCACAUAAUCAACGCCAAAAAGGUCAUCUGCACCCCAAGCAUCCCCAAUUGCAACUACAGCGACAACAUCGACCGUGGAUCCUAGUACUGCUGCAACCAUAUCAUGGCGAUCACACCAGUGGUGCGUGCAGCAGAGCAGGAUCCCUUACACCACCAAUGUCUCAUGACGUCGUCGGUUACGAUCUCUCCAAUCGCCAUGGAGACAUGGAGACACCUCUAGUUGAAUGGAAUUACGUCAAUAGAGAUGGGAGCAGCGGCACGCCGUCGACUUCGGACCAACAGGAGGGGCCCAGAACGCGGGACGCCAAGACGCUGAGAAGACUUGCUCAGAACAGGGAGGCUGCAAGGAAAAGCAGGCUCAGAAAAAAGGCUUACAUUCAAAAUCUAGAGACAAGCAGGAUCAGGCUGUCCCAGCUGGAGCAGGAGUUGCACAGAUCUAGAGCUCAGGGAGCCGUUUUUGGUGGUGGAGCUCUUUCUGGUGGCAUUACUGGACUAAGCCCAGAGGCGGCAUGGUUCGACGCGGAGCACGCGAGGUGGCAGGAGGAGCACGGCAAGCUGACGCGCCACCUGCGGGCGGCGUUGGAUGAGGAGCACGCGGCAGCUCCGGCGGUGGCGGACGCGCAGCUGCGGCAGCUGGUGGACGCGGCCGCGGCGCACCAUGGCGUCCUGGUGGAGCUGAAGGCUGCCGUCGCGAGGGCCGACGCGUUCCACCUCGUGUCCGGGGCGUGGGUGUCCACCGCCGAGCGCUGCUUCCUCUGGAUCGGCGGCUUCCGCCCAUCGGCCCUCAUCAAGCUAGUGGUCCGGCACGCGGAGCCUCUGACGGAGCAGCAGGCGGUGGGCGUCUGCAACGCGCAGCAGUGGGCGAGGGAGGCUGAGGCGGCGCUGGACCACGAGCUGCAGGCGAUGCACCGCUCCGUCUCCGAGGCCGUCUCCUCCGACGCAGCGUCGCUGCUCUGCCCCGACUCCGACGUGCCCGGCUACAUAGCCACCAUGUCCCUCGCCAUCCGCAAGCUCGCCUCCCUCGAAGCCUUCGUCAGACAAGCUGACGUGCUGAGGCUGCAGACGCUGCACCGGCUGCCGCAGAUCCUGACGGCGCGGCAGUCGGCGCGGUGCUUCCUCGCCAUCGCCGACUACUCCCACCGUCUCCGCGCGCUCAGCGAGCUCUGGCUCUCCCGGCCGCGCCGGAUCCAGCCAUAGAUCUAGCUACCUAAGCAGGGACACUUCGUUAUAGAUGCACAACAAAACAGGGAGGGGAUAGUUUCAGUUCAGAUAUCAUAUAGAGGAGGUGAUCGCAUAAGAUGACCCCAUUUCUUGCUUCUUAAUUUGACAUGAGUUAUAGGAGUAUUUAUAAAUGUAAUUCUGUAUGUAUAAUAAAGAUUAUAGUGAUACCUGAUUCGGCAGCAUAAAAUUAAAAUACUAAUAAUUAUAGGCUGUAACUUGUGUGAUCUAUUUUGGGCUGAUUUUGCUUCUCAACA